AUGACUUGGAUGGUCAUAAAACACCUCCAAACCCUUCGGCCUGUUGUCACGUUCCGGUAUCGAUAUUUUCACCAACCCAGUUUCGCCCAUUCUACUCUCUCCAAGGCUAGCGAACUGCAAAUCAAGGCAGCAGCCACCGAUUUGCUUCAUUCAUUUGAAGUCCGAUCCACUGCAUUAACCAUCUCUUUGCAAUGUAGAUUGCAAGUUGAUCGAUGGGCUCCGACACCUUCUCUCAAGAAGCGGUUUUUGGGGAUGUUCUUUGUCCGUUUCAACUGCCCUCCAACUUUUACAAUGCGGAGAGGAAAUCAAAAACUUGUCCCUGGAGGUACUCUGUCACACACAGGAGGAUACACCACUGGGUAA